AUAAAGGGAGGUGGUGUUAUCGGGAGAGGAACACAUAGCGAUGAGUUGCGAUCAAACGUAAAUAAACUUAUGUGAUUCUGUAAGUUAAGGGUUUUAUAUAAAUAAAUAAACGGACAUUUUGACAUUUUAAAUAUCGUAUUCACUUGGGAAGAUUUCGGACAUUAUACAAUGUGUUGCGCGUUACGUGUUGCAUACAUCGUUUCAUUUGUGCGAAGUUUUUAAAUCGUGGCUGCGGACAUUUCUGGAAGGCAAAUACAAGGGACGCGCUGUUUUCGACGACAACAAGAAAAGAUCCAAUCAGGAAAUCAAUCUAGGAUCGGAUUAAAACAGCUUCAGUGAAGACUUAGAUUGGCUAUUGGGUGAUAGAACAUGUAUACACUGCAUAAGUUAGAUGGGAAAUACCCAUAUCAAUAUGACAACAUAUGUCACCAUUAAAGAGAACAAAACAUCGUUUUGAUACAAUACCUUAUCUUGAUCUAUUUUUAGAUAAAGCAUUUAAAUAUAAAAGAUAAUAGGUAUUUCCAUAAUGUGAAUACUGACAGCAAAUGGUCGGGAGAAAAUGUACUUUUAGUAUGCCUUAUUCAUGUAUAAACUUCCCGUUUCUGUAAACGAAUUAAGCUCCCGAUAUUUAUUUUGAUACUUAUUUAUAAAUCUAAAUGACUGAUUGGAAGGCAAAUGUAUAAUAAAUAACCAAUACUAUGGAGGAACAUAUUAAUGAAUCACUCGGUUAUUCCAUGAUAAAUUUCACGUACGGGAACAUGUCUAAUUUUACAGUUCAAACGAAUAAAUUGGAUGAUUUAAACAUGGCUCAGUUUCGCAUUAAACUUCCGGCUUUUUUAUAUACUAUCGCACUCAUGGUCGUCGGGACCCCGGGGAAUAUUUUAGUGCUGUAUGUUUACUUCUUUAAAUGGCGGAGAAGUACGUCAAGAAUGUUCAUUCUUUUUUUAACGUCGUUGGAUUUAAUCAAUUGUGUAACAACGUUACCUAUGGAAAUAUAUAUAAUGCGUUUUUCGAUUGUCAUCGAUAUACCGUGGCUUUGUAAAAUAUCACGAUUUUCUACUUACACAAUGAACAGUUCAUCUGCCGCAAUUUUGGUCGCCAUAGCCGUUGACAGAUUCCGAAGAAUAUGUCGUCCCCACGGGCCACAAUUUAAUGCGACAAAUUCAAAAUAUAUUUGUAUUGGUUGUAUUCUAGUAGCUUUGGGAUUAUAUUCUUGGCCGUCACUGCUGUUUUACGGCACGCGGACAAUACAAAUAAACGGCAUCUCCGGAAAGUCGUGUCUUCUUGAAAAUCAGUAUGAUAACUCACUAUAUCCAAAAUUAUAUUUCGCAUUCCAUAUUAUAAGUACAAUGAUAGUGUUUUCUGUACUUUCGAUCCUAUAUUAUUUUGUUGGACUUCAAGUUUGUAGACAUAGAAAAAUGAGAUUGCGACGAAAAGCUGAGAAUGAACGUGUGAGAAGUUUGAUUCAACAAGAGCAAGGUUCUAUAGCCAAAGAAGAAACAUUGUUGCAAGACUCAGAUUCUGCGGAACUAGCAAAAAAUCAAAACCAUGAAGCAAAUUCAACAGAUCCAUCCCAAACUAACUGCAUUGAACUGUUAACUUUACCAGUGGAUCCAAAAGCAGAAAUAUCAACAUCGACUAUUGAAAGUUCAGUCAAUACAAGUGUUAAUGCAACAUUGUUGGCUACGGAACCAAUGCGAACAUCCGAUGCAUCUGAUAAGAGACGUAAGCGGAGCAACCAAAAGACGUUUAGCAAACGCAAUGGUUGCCUAAGAGACUCAUUAAACAUGUCCAAUGGCUCGUAUUGCAUGAAUAUGAAGAUACGAAUAGGGCGCUCAACUCUAAUGUUGUUUCUGAUAACACUAGCAUAUAUUGUCAGCUUUCUGCCAUUCUUUGUAAUCGCUGUGCUGCGACAGACUGAAAGUAGUUUUAUUGUAGAGUUAAAUGAAUUCGGAAUCGCUAUGUAUCAACUUUGUCUUAGAUCGUACUUGCUGUCUUGCGCAAUUAAUCCGAUUAUUUAUUCGUUCUGUAAUGCUCAAUUCAGAGCAUUUUGUUUUGACACGUUUAGACGUAAGCAAGUAACAAGCAUUCGCUAAAUGUUGCGAUGUUUAUUUUUUCUGGCGUCAUGUUGCGUCAGUGAUGGUAGUAUUUUUAAUUUCGAAUACACAAUUUAAACAUAGUAUUUUCAAAUAUCUAAACACCUUUCAUUGUGUGUAUUACUUGCAUAACUUGUAUUAUUAUGUAGUUUGUUUGCUUUAAAAUCGAUUGAGCUGACAAUGGCCGUAAACAUUAUUUAGAUGUGGAAUAAAAUGAAUACCUGAACAAUGAUAAUCAGAGUGGUAUUUUGUAUAUAGUGUUGUAAAAUAUACUCUGUUGAUGUGCGUUUAUGCUGUAUAUAUUUAGCCUUUACAUUGUACAUGUAAUAUAUUGAGCUGUAUGUAACAUU